UCGCCUGUCCGUACAGAAAUAUGGCGGCGCGGAGCCUCCACUUCCGGUCCUGCGCAGUGGCCGAGGAGGGAGGACGCGAGUCCGCGCCGAAGCGAGCGGAAUCGAAACUUGGGGCGUUCGCCGCCGCCGCCGCCGCCACCGCCGCCGCCGCUACGAAGGCUCAGGAGGACCGGCCGGUGCUGCCAGGCGACGCUCCCCCCGGCCCCGCUCGGCGAUUCCCGCCGCCCGGCCGGCCAUGAGUUCCUCGCCCCGCACCGGCGACUGCAUCAUCGUCCUGGACGAAGACAGCGCCCCGUCGCCGCCGCCCGUCGCGCAGCGGGAGAGGUCCCCCGGCCCCAGCGCCCCCCCUCGGCCCCUCAAUGGUAGCCCGGAGCAGAAGGGCCCCGCCGGGCUCCGCGCGGAGAACGAACGGCUCUUCGAGGAGUUCGUGGCCUUCUGCUCCAAGCACACUGGGGAUCACCCCGAGGUCAUCUCCUACCUGUCUGGCCGGCACCAGAAGACCAACCCAGAGUACCUGGCCUCUGUGGAGUUCCGCAAUGUCCUGAGCCGGUGCCUGGCGCGGGUGCAGGCCAGGAGAGCCAAAAUCUAUGUCUACAUUAACGAACUCUGCACCACCUUCCGGGCCCACUCUCAGAAGAAAAGGGCUGCGGCCGCCCCUGUCUCUGAGGCGCCGCCUGAGCCCACCAAGCCCUGUGUGGGCUCCAAGCGGCAGAUCCGCUACCUGGAGAAGCUGCUGCGGGUUUAUGCAGACAAGAUCCGGCAGCUGCAGGAGCGGGAGUUGGACCUGGCCGAACUGGACAGCGGGGACUCCGCCUACCUCCAGGAGAGCCGCCUCAAGCAGCGCCUGAUGCGCGUCUUCAAGCUCCUCUGCCGGCUGAAGGACUGCGACAGCCUGACGGGGCGGGUCAUUGAGCAGCGCAUCCCCUACCACGGGACGUGCUACCCAGAGGUCAACCGCCGCAUCGAGCGGCUCGUUAACCAGCCAGAGGCCUUCCCGGACUUCGCCGACAUCCUCAAGGUGGUGCAGAAGGCCAAUGCCCGCCACAGCCUGGGCCUGCCCAAGCGCCAGAUGGAGAUCAUGGCUGCAGAUGCCUUCCGCGAUGUGGGUGCCCGUUUGCAGAAGCGGCGGCGCCUCGACCUGAUCUAUAACUUUGGCAGCCACCUCACCGACCAGUAUCAGCCUAACUCCGACCCGGCGCUGGCCGACAGGGAGCUGGCCCAGCGCCUGCAGCGCAACCAGGAGCUGGCGGAACAGCGGCUGGAGCAAGUGAUCUCCCGGUUCGCCCAGCUCCAGGACAAGAGCGAGGAGGAGGAGGAGGACCACCAGCAGGGAGGGAGGCGGCUCAGGUUGGAUGGCGGAGGGGCGCGCACCAGUCCCAGCGGAGCCAACAGAGGCACAGAGGGGGAGCUGGCCUCCCAUGGGGAACCCAUCUCGGGGGCAGCCGACAGAGAGGACAGUACAGGCCCAGAAGAGACAAGUAAAAAAAAAGCAUGGGAAGAGGAGGAGGAGGAGGAGGAGGAGGAGGAGGAAGACUCCUCUGAGUCUGACAUAGAAGCAGAACUGGCCAACUGCCUGGAUGGCGGAGAUGAGGAGGAGGCGGCGGCAGAUGCAGCCCCUGGACCAGAUGAGGACCCCCCUGCCGCGGACGCAGAGGCUGACCAGCGCAUGGACUUGGAGGUGCCCGAGGUGGUCCUGUACUCUUCGACUGAGGAGGAGGACGAGGAGGAGGAGGAGGACCAGGAAGAGGAAGGUCUCGCAGCCUCUGGUGACUCCACUUCCCAGCAGUUUCUCCUGGAGAUCGAGGACAUCUUGCCACUGGAGGACCAGGACACACCACCCCCAUCCCCCUUGCCACCGCUUCAGGGGGAGCAGGAGCCCACCUGCCCCCUGCCCCCCAAACGCAGCUGCUUGCUGGAGAACGGGGAGCUUGGCACCCAGCCACCACGCAAGCGGAGCCAUUGGGGGGGGCACCCGGUCCUCAGCAGCAGUGGCGGUUGCAUCGAGGUGCCCAGCUCCGGCUCAGAGGGGGAGGAGGAGAGGCCGUGUUUGCUGCUACCCGGGAGCCCGCCCCCCCUGGCAGACUCCACCCGUGCCGACUCACCCGGCCUGGGCCUGGUCACCAGCACCCAGGGCAGUCCUCUGCCAGCCCUGCAGCAGCUGUGGCAGCAGGAGCUGCUCUCCAGGACCAGCGUGGCCACCCAGUGCGACCCGGAGGAGAUCAUCGUCCUCUCCGACUCGGAGUAGCCCCGCCGGGCCCAAGCGGGGGCGGGCAGUUGCGUGA